AUGUCGGGGGAUACUGACUCACUCCGAUGUCGACCCAACACCAACCAAGCCCCGGUGCAGAUCAACCACGAGCACCACAUCCAGCCGGUGAUCCACGAGCGGGUGCACCACAUCCAGCCGGUGAUCAAGACGGAGGUGACGACCGAGCAGCGGGUGAUCAACCAGGAGCACACCGUCAUGCUCCCGCCCAUCAUCGAACCCACCGUCACCAUCGCGGCCCCCGCUGGCGGGCUCCACUACGCGAAGCCGCUGCCUCAAAUUCCAGUCGUCGGCCGCGCCCUGGCAACGGAGGAGCGGCUGAUGGGCCACCGCGGGACCACUCCGGUGAUGAGGGACGUGCCGCUGGCGGCGCGGGAGGGCGCGCUGGGCACGACGGCGGCGCAUAAGCCCACGAUGGGCCAGAGGCUGAAGGGCGCCGUGAAGCAGCUGCAGGGCUCGAUCACGGGCAACGAGCUCAAGAAGGAGGAGGGCAAGCUCAUCUCCGAGGGCGUCGACCCCGCCACGGCCAGGGCCGCCACCACCUCCACCACCGCCCCCAUCCUCUAG